UAAAAUCGAUUGUUACGUCAGUAAGUGUCAUUCGACAACCUAUAUAAAUGCCCGAUCUCUCUGCAAACCAUUUUAAUACUUCCCCUUCGGAGAGGUAAAUCCCUUUAUGUUCAUUGUUGUUGCAUACGUUUUGGAUUUGUAGAUUACAGAUAACAUAUUUUGAUAUACCAGCAUGCUUCUGGAAAUGCUGUUGACAGGUUCGAUCGGUACAACAUGUCUUGUUGCCGCAGUUACGGGGCUCGUUGUGUAUUGGUUGAUUCAGAAAUGGAAGUACAAAUAUCCGCCUGGUCCACCAGCGUGGCCUCUCAUCGGAAACCUAUUACAUGUUGAUGCUAAAAAAAUGCACGAACAAGCAUUUGAGUGGUCCAAGAAGUAUGGACCGGUUAUCACAAUUAGAUUAGGUCCAAUGCCGUUAGUAUUUGUCAACACCAUAGAUACAGCUUUAGAGGUUUUGGUUAAGAAGUCUACAGACUUUGCGUCAAGAAAGAGUAUGCCGUCUACUGAUUUAUUCACGGAUGGUGGGAAAGAUAUUGCCUUAAGUGACUAUGGACCAACAUGGAAACUUCACAGAAAAAUUGCUUCAAAGGCAUUGCGAAAUUACUUGCAAGGGGACGCUUUAGAACAUAGAUUAUUUGACGCAGUAAAUGCUGCGUUUGUUGAAAUCGAUAAAAUCUCUGGUCAGUUUGAUCCCGGACAGUACAUCAACUUUAUUGUUACCAACAUUCUGACGAGCAUGUGCUUUGGUGGAAAAUAUGAUUUCAACGAUAAAGAAAUGAAUAACCUUUUAAAAAUGCAAGAUGAAGUGGUUGAAAACUUCAACGCAGGCACCCUUGAAGAUUUUAUACCAGGUCUAAGAUAUGUGUACAAGUCGAAGUCAUUCAAAGAAUUGGAGAGAUUAAAAGAUUGUCUAAUAGAAGGUUUCAUUAGGAGAAAAUACAAGGAAAGAGAGUCAACGUUUAACAAAGAUGACGUGCGGCAUUUUUCUGACAACUUGAUACUUGCUCGCAUGGAGGCAGAAAAAGAGGAGGGAAAGCAAGCACUCGGUGCCCUUGAUGAAGAUCAUCUAAUUCAGACGCUUGCUGAUAUAUUUUUCGCUGGCAUAGAUGCAUCGCGAUUUACACUCAAGUUUGCUCUGUUGCACAUGGUCGCAUUUCCAGAUAUUCAAAGAAAGGUCCAAGAGGAGAUAGAUAACGCCGUCGGAAGGGACAGAUUGCCGGGAGUGGCAGAUCGGCCAAAUCUUGGUUACACCGAAGCUGUGAUGCAUGAAAGUAUGCGCCUAGCAACCGUUGGUCCAACCGGACUUUUCCAUGAAUCCUCUUGUGAUUCGGAAAUUUGUGGCUACAGAAUUCCUAAAGGAACAUGCGUAGUCAUCAAUCACUGGGCGCUUCACAACGACCCAAACGCCUGGGAUGAUGUUGAUAGGUUUAUUCCAGAGAGAUAUUUAGAUGAAGACGGUAGACUAGGGCCAAAGCCAAAAAGUUGGUUGCCAUUUUCGGCGGGAACAAGGGUGUGUCUCGGCGAAUUUGUUGCAAAGCCCAUGCUUCAUUUAAUAUUUGCAAGUUUGAUGCAACGCUAUAAAUGGAAAAUGGAGUCUGGAAUAUGUCCAGAUAUAACUCCAGUUGGAACAUCUAUUUCUUUGUCAAGCAAGCCAUACAAAGUCAUUGCUGAAAGGAGAAUAUAAUCCUUACAUGUUCCAAGACAAAUUGUUCAGAUAUUGUCUAUAACUGUGUACUUUUGAUAGUAUCUAGAAUAUUAUAUUUUGCAAUUGUAUAGAAUUGAAUAUAUUUAUUAAUUGUUUAUUUAGUAAAAAACAAAAAUAAAUGAUAAUUACAAAUGUUCCGUAAGAAACGGACAACUUCUCUUAAAAGAUUUAAGCAGUAAGAGUCAAGUGACUGUAGGGCUCAGUUUCAAAAAAUAUUUGUUGUUGAGAAAUUGACAAAAUGUAUCUUAUUCUGAAAAACAUCUGUUUAUCGUUACACAAACAAAAGAAAACACUAUAUCAUAGCUUAAAUGUGUUAAUGUUUUUUUUCUCGUUUUUUUUCGCAUGUUCGCUUUUCUGCAUGUAAUAUCUUUGUUCCAUUGCACUGUUGCAUUGUUAUAUUUUACAUUGCUACAGUUUUUGCUUUUUUAUGCGAGAUGGCAACAAAAUAUUGGUUAUCCCCUAAUAAUAAACAGAUUGGUGAGAUGUAUGCAAAUUAUUAGUGACAAUAAAGUUGUACAACUACUUAUA